UUCAACGCAUUUAAUUUGUUUAUGUUAUUAGCUCCAAGCUUUUCUUUAAAUAACAUUGAUAUGAUUUCAGAGUAUAAAAUGGCUGAAGGGGGUUCUCCGACCCUUCCACCCAACCCACCCGGACCUAUCCUUCAUCCGGAUAUAAUCCCGGAUAUUAUUCCGGUUGAUCUAGUAAACUCGAUGACUCGACCUCGAGUAGAAACCCUGGAGUACACCCCUCGUCGUAUAGUUGUACAACCAGCUGGGCAGGUAGAUCAACAGUCUCCAGGUACACCUGGAUACCUGGAGAGAGGAGGAGGAGGUCUUCAACCUGUAGAUAUUGUUGAGAGUUUACCCAGUAAUCUGAUAGACCCGGAGUCACCAGGAGGGCAACCCAGUUCUAAUGGUCAGGAUGGAGAUAUCACAGAUGCAAGAUGGUUUUCCCGUGGAUCUGCUGCAGUAUCAGGGUUGACAGGGAUACCUAUGCCAACAGAGAAGGAUGAUCAUCUCUACAAUAUGAACCAUAGACGGAGAGGAAAGGCUUUUGUGUUUAAUCAUAUGAAUUUUGAUCCUAAACUUCAACUAAGAGCUAGGAAUGGAACUCAUAAUGACAGAGAUAAUCUUCGUAUUGUACUGCGACAGUUGGAUUUUGAGGUGGAAGUACACAAUGACCUACCGUACAAGGAGAUAGAAAGAAUACUAGAGCAAGCAUCAAUGGAGGAUCAUUCUGAUGCUGACUGUAUUCUUGUAACAGUUCUGUCCCACGGUGAGUUAGGUAUCCUGUAUGCUAGUGACCAUCCAUAUAAACCAGAAAACCUAUGGACCCACUUUACUGCAGAUAAAUGUCCAUCUCUGGCGGGAAAACCAAAAAUGUUCUUUAUCCAGGCUUGUCAGGGUGACCGGCUAGAUAGCGGAGUAAAGAUGGUUUCUAGAACACAAACAGAUGCUGGAGCAGCUUCAUACAAGAUUCCUAGCCAUGCGGACUUCCUCAUUGGAUACAGCACCAUCCCUGGGUUCUACAGUUGGAGGAAUACAACUGCUGGAUCCUGGUUCAUUCAAGCACUCUGCCAUGUUCUACAAAGGGAAGGGAAUUCCAGGGACCUUCUCUCUUUGCUCACCAGGUAUACUAGGGGGGGAGUACAAGCACUCUGCCAUGUUUUACAGAUGAAAGGGAAUUCCAGGAACCUUCUCUCUAUGCUAACCAGGGUUUGCCGCAAAGUUGCUUUCGACUUUCAAUCAAAUGUUCCUGGGGACUUUGUGAUGCACGACAAGAAGCAGAUCCCCUGCAUCACCACCAUGCUCACCAGGGACGUCGUGUUCCACAGGAAAUAGAAAUAAAACCAAAUUCAGUGGAAAUAUUGUUGUUCUCCUUAUUUCUUUUCAUCAUGAACUGCCGAUAACAAUUUGUAAUUUUCCAAAUUUUCUAUAAUAAAAAUUAAAAGAAAUAAAAAAGACGACAAUAAUUUUAGUGUUUUCUUAUUUUCA